AAGAGUUGCUAGAAGCAACAGGAAGCGACAACCCAAAAAGAGUCCAAACUGGAAGAAAACAACAGUGGAGGCCCAACUGUGGUCCGGGGAUCGGCUCGUCCACAUUAACACCCCCCUCCUCGGCUCCGGACCCGAGUCCGGACCCGACCCGCCGCCGGACCCUGACCCAGUUGCGUCCGAGUUACGUGGCAGAGCCGUGAGCAUGUCCUGUCCACGAAGCUAAAGUGGAGCUCACCUGGGUCACAACACCGCGGACGAGUCUGUUUGAGCUUGGCCAUGGCCCACGCCACCAGUAUCCAGUAUGAACCAGUGGCUGAGAUCGGAGGAGGCGCCUACGGGACAGUUUAUAAGGCGCGGGACACAGAGAGUGGUCAGUUUGUUGCUCUGAAGAGUGUUCGUGUCCAGACGGAUCAGAAUGGGCUCCCUGUCUCCACAGUCAGAGAGGUGGCUCUGUUGAGAAGGCUGGAGCAGUUUGACCAUCCCAACGUGGUCCGACUCAUGGAUGUAUGUGCCACUAAGAGGUCAGACCAAGAAACUAAAGUCACUUUAGUGUUUGAACAUGUGGACCAAGACCUCAAGACGUACCUCGAAAGAGCUCCAGCUCCAGGAUUAUCUCCUGAACGGAUAAAAGACUUGAUGAAGCAGCUGCUGUGCGGCCUCGCAUUCCUUCACACAAACCGCGUAAUGCACCGAGACCUGAAACCAGAGAAUAUUCUGGUCACCAGCCAGGGACAGGUGAAGCUGGCUGACUUUGGACUGGCCCGGAUCUACAGCUGCCACAUGGCCCUCACUCCUGUGGUGGUGACGCUCUGGUACCGUCCUCCUGAGGUUCUUCUUCAGUCCAGUUACGCCACACCUGUCGAUAUCUGGAGCACUGGCUGCAUCUUCGCUGAAAUGUUCAGACGCAAACCUUUGUUCUGUGGAGAUUCAGAAGUGGACCAACUUGGGAAGAUUUUUGAUGUUGUUGGCUUACCGCCAGAAGAGGAGUGGCCUACCGAUGUGACACUCUCAAGAAAAAACUUCCCCCCUCUCUUACCUCGACCAAUCACUGACGUUGUCCCAGAGAUAAAUGGGCAGGGGGCGCAACUAUUGCAGAAAAUGCUAACCUUUGACCCCUUGAAAAGAAUAUCAGCCCUGAAUGCACUAGAACAUCCCUAUUUCCAGGAUGAGGAGACAUUGACUCAGACAAAAAGCUGAAAAUCUACAGAGAUAGAGGUAACGAAGUGUAAAUGUAGACCUGACCACAACAUAAAGGAUUUCAGUUUCAUUCAAUGCAUCACCUUGACAUGUACGUUAUGCUGUGGGAUUUUAUUUAUUACUCCUGCAACAAAAAGGAUUAAAACCUGAGAAAUGGAUUAGAAAUGAAGAGGAGUGAACGUAUGGAUCACUGGCAUGCUUUGCAUCAUGUACAUGUCACAGUUAAUGAUGUUUACGUGUCUUGUCUUCGAGGACAGUACCAGUGUUUUUGAUGUUUGCUUUGUGUUUCAGUCUGCAACGACUGAUGUAAAGACACAUCUGAUGUUCCACCUCUAACAUUAACAGUGUUUAGACAGACAAUGAUAUGUCGUCUUUUCUUGUUACAGCCUCGGCAGUGUCACAUAAGUGACACCGCAGAGGCUUGAAACAGCCAGCUCAUGGUGAUUUUACUGUGUCUUUGUUUUAAUAUUAAUCAAACAAAAACACCCUAAGCUUAUGCGACACAGAAAUCUGGAGGGAAAUGAUUAAAUAUUACUGUAAAUCAUGAGGAAAAGAAACAGUAGUCUGAUGUAGUAAAAGAAAAAUGUACAAUAGAGACACACUUGACAAAAAUACUGGUAUUGCCCUUAUUAUACUGUACCCUCCCACAGUAAAGGGUUUAUUGUACACGGGGGAUUAAAUAAGUUUUAUGUACUUUUAUUGUCUGUUGUUAAAACCAUUUGCAAUUAGCCAGCACUGCCAAUACAAAUGAAUGAAAACAUCUGUAAUCUCUGUCAGACUUCAUCUUGUGCAUUAUUGUGUAGAUCGUAGUCCAUUUUAAUGUAUGAAUAAAUGUGAUUCUGUGAAAUCACUUGACUCUAGACAAAUAUCAUCUGUCUCUCACUGCCGUUAAUCUGUGAAGAUGCUGAUAGUAGGACAAUUGAAAUAUUUUGUGAAAAAUAUGAUGAAAUGUAUUUUAAGUACUAACGUCAAUAAAAAGGAUGGAAAAUGAC